AUGGCGCAAACCCCCCAACAACGCAAAGCAAACGAGCGCUUCGCCAAGCGCGAAGAGACCAAGCGCGGCAAGCCCGACGCCGCGCUCGCAAAGCGCCACAAGUUCAAGUCGCCCGUGUCGCCAAUCUGGCUGAUCAUGUUGGCGUUUGUGGUGUUUGGCGGGAUCGUGUUUGAGCUUAUCCGGCUGUUUUUCUAG